AUGGAGAAUGACUGUGGUCCAUGCUCGAGGAUAAUGCCUGUCAGACUCAGGUACAAGAGAUGUGGUCGUGGAACGCCAACCCGACCAACUGAUGGCACCGUCGAGUCUUUCAGGGUCACACGGGAUAGAGUUCUACUAUCGACGACUAGUUCUUCCUCAUUUCUGUCCACCAAUUCUCCAUUGAUCGCUCAUCUUCAAUUCUACGUCAACGGCCCGUUCUGGGGACAAUUCAUCCGCCAUCCGUCUCCUUGCAUCGACCGAGAGGGAAGAAGAGUCAUACAACCUCCUUCUCCUGCCUUCCCGGAUCUUGUCUUCGUCGUCGACCAGAACCACCACCACAACCACCCACCCACAUUCGUUUUCCCGUUUCUGACCUCGUCGUUCGCUCCUUACUCCAACCUACCUCGGAACGCGGCCGAGGAGCCAACGCUGAAGCCCCGUUUCAUGCCGAAACACAUGAAAAGAUUGAUCAACUACCAAACCUCUGCGGCCCCCGGAGCAUCGUCCAAGGCGCCUGAGACCGUCGAAGUGCCCAGGUCCAACACCAACGUGCUCGAUUCGAUUCUGCAGCCGCCCCAAGAAGCCACCCCGGCACCGACGGAAACGCCCGAGGUCGUUGUCAUCACCCUGUCUAUUGAUGCGGCCGGCAACACGCAUACGUUGACGGGAACGCCGGCCGGAACCGCCUCGACCUCGACCGUGACGAGCUCCGUGUUGACCUCGGAGCCGGCUGCGGCCAGCGCCGCAGCGACCACCACCGGCUCGACUGCAUCCCAGGCGGCCUCGAACCAGGAGAUGACCCCGUCAUCGUCGACGGGAGCUGAAUCGCCAAAGGCUACGGACGCUUCCACGUCGGAGGCGGCGAGCGAGUCGGUCUCCCCAUCGGUGUCCCAGACAUCAUCCACCCUGGCGGCGGAGGACAGCACCACGGCGUCGACUUCGAGCGUGGUGGGAUCGUCGCAGGAACCCGGUACGUCGACCACGGCCGUUACUCCUUCCGCGACCGCCACGAAGACUGGGAACGUGCUGAGCGAUCUGGUGAGCGGCCUGUUUGGCGGCUCGUCCAGCUCCGAGAGUGCCAGCUCUGUCCAGCCUACUGAGGUCUCGAGCGGAUCGGCCAGCUCAGUGGUUCCGUCGAAUUCGGCAACAGGUGCCAGCAGCUCCGAGAGUGCCAGCUCUGUCCAGCCUACUGAGGUCUCGAGCGGAUCGGCCAGCCCAGUGGUUCCGUCGAAUUCGGCAAUAGGUGCUAGUAGCACCGAGGGCACCUCGACGGUGGUGUCACCCUCGCAGACCGGUGUGGUGAGUUCGACCGAGCAGCCAUCGUCCACCCCCGGAUUGGUCAAUUCAUUACUGUCCGGCCUCCUCUCCGGCUCGAGCACCUCCAGUGUCUCGGAGUCGUCUGCGAAUCAGGCGACCUCCAGCGAUGUGAUCCCAACCGCCUCGGCAGGCUCCUCCGUCACCGGGUCCUCCGGCCAGCCGACGUCCACCGGUGUCAUUCCGACUCAAUCGGCGGUGUCGUCCGUCGUUUCCCCCUCGGCCGCCACAACCUCGGGACUAUUGGACAGUGGACUUUUGUCGGGUCUCCUGCCUACAACCACGGGCAACUCGUCGGAGUCCACCAGUCAGCUCACGUCGAUUGACGUGAUCCCGACGCCGUCCGCUCUGUUGUCCUCUAUUCUGUCACCCUCCGCCGCUAUCUCCUCCGGAUUGUUGGACACGGGGCUUCCGUCCGGCGCUCUUUCGACUCCCAUUGCCAACGGUUCGGAAACAUCGACCGCCAAUGGAAGCUCCACCGACCUCCUGAGCUCUUCCGGUAUUCUGCCGACUAUCUCCAUCAGUAUCCCGCCAGCUACGCCGACCCCCUCCGCCGGCACCUCCUCGGGAGCCAUCCCGGAACCCAGUGGCCUGCCCACCAGCGGCGUUAUCCCAGGAUCGUCCGGAUCGAGCGGCUCAACCACAUCCAGCCCGGUCAUCCCAGGAGCGUCUACGGGAACUCAAACUUUCACCCCGGGACCGUCCGGCUCGGUCAUCAGCCCGGGCGUUCCUACAUCGACCAGUGGUGUCGUUCCUUCGACCGGCUCCAGUGGUUCGUCUUUGCCGUCGUCGGUCUCGUCGACUCCUCUCAUCGGCUCCUCGAAGCCCACCGACGUGCCCACCAGCCAAAGCAACCCGAUUUCGACGAACACACCGACUCCCGCUUCUUCCACCACCGUGACCCCGACGAGCACGGAACAGCCCAGCACGACGGAGAAGUCGACGGUAACGACGAAGGUCACCCCAACCCCAGAGCCCACCACGACGAGCGACGCCACUGACUGGGUGCCGUCGACGAUUCUGGUUGACCCUCCGACCCCGACGACGCAAAACACGGCCACCCACACCACGGCGACGACGACGUCCACUCAGACCCAACUCCCUGGGUCUAUCUCGCCCGGCAACGUUCCCGUCGAGCCGCCAGCAGACUCGACCCUGAUUCAGUUGGGAUUCAAUGGCAAGCUGCGCUACAGCUUCGUGGCCACGACGCCGCUGUCUUCCUCGCAGAUCUUCCUUUACGUUCCGCUCGCUUUGGAGUACGCACUGGAGAUCCUCCGAAAGGAGGUGUCCAUGUUGGCGAUCCAGCCCUACGACAACUCGAAGAGCACGGGCUAUAUCGCUACCGUCGCCAUGGGGUACAUUCCCACCGAUCAGGUGGACGCGUUGCGGAAGAUGCUGAACAACCCCAACUCGCGGCUUUACCAGCAGGCCGAUGGCUCCGCCAACGCUCUGAUGUCGAUGGUUGAUCCCUCCAUUCCUCUGGUGGUUGGCGAGUCUGGCUCCUCCUCGAGCAGCAGUGGAUCUUCCGGCUCGAGUGGGUCCAGCGGCAACACCGGCGGCGACAAUGGCAACAGCGAGUCGGACCCCAACUCGGACGCGGGUGCCAGCAGCAGCGGAUCGACUCAUGCCAGCUCGGUUGGCAUUGGUGUUGGUGUCGUGGCGGGAGCCGCUGCCUACGGUGCGGGCAUGUUCUGGGUGGCUCGUCGCUACCGCAAGAAGCGUCAAUUGCACCAACGGUCGAGCUCGAAUGUCGAGCAGAUGAGCGAGGGCCGUAACGGUGCACCUCUGUUCGGAGCGGGUGGCCGUAUGUCGCGCAACAGCAACAACAGCCGCGGCACCGGGCGUACGCAGAUGAUCAGUGCCCCUGUGAUGGCCGAAAACUCCCUCGGAUGGAACUAA